UACUUAAACUUAUCACGAACGCACACUCCAAUCAAAAACGUUACCGCGAAACUCAAGUUCCUAGCAGAAAGUGGAAAGAUAGGGUUCGUAAGCGCUCUGAAUCCCAAUUCACUGCCAUCGCCGAACGCACCAUGAACUGUGAAGUUUGCCAGCUCAAAGAAUUGGAAGUCGAGCAUUUUGAGAUACGGGAAGUUCUGCGCUGCAUACUUCACACAAUUGUGUUUCAUCGGGCAUUAGGUCUUGUGCGGCCCAAGGAUAUUGAUUUGGAACUUUUCGAAAUUACAUAUGUGCAAUGUGGAGAUGUUGAACUUGAGAAGAAAAUAGAUGAGAAGAUUGGGCAAUUCAUUAGUUGGGUAGAGAAACACCCAAACAAGAAAAGUCAGAUCUGCUUGUCUUUCUUUGAACUGAAAAACAAACAGGCAACUUGGUUUACACACAAAACAGAAAGGUUAUACUGGGAACAAUGGUAUAUAAAUUUGAAUGUGGCCCAAUACCCCAAAGCACAUUCUGGCAAUUCUCAUAAUUCUAAAGUUGUAGGUGAUCCAGGAGAGAGUGCAUUGGACGAGAGAAUGGCUCGCAGAGCAGCACUUGAAGCAUCUCUUCGUGAGGUUUUGUUCCAAAUAAUAAAAUUUGUGAAUGAGAAGAAAGAUCAUGUUCCAAAUAUUGAGGGUGUAGUCUCUUUCCCUCAUGAAAUUACUAUCCCAAGCUCCUCGGAUUCUGCAUUUGGGAUGGACAUGAUCAAGAGGAUGCUGCAGACUGGCCAUCCAACCAUGCUGAGCUGAUUAUCUGCGUUUGUGAGUGCAUACCGCUUUCCUAAACUGCUUCAAAGAUGACUCGUACCGUCCAUGAAUUUGUUAAUCCGGUAACCUUUUGCGAACAAGGUUUGUUUCUAUGUGAAGUAAACUCGAAGCACCGAGACUGUUAUUAUCCUUAUGUAAAUAUUCCUUUCGUCCCUUCUUAUCUCCAUUCAUGUAUAUACAUCCUUUCUGGAUCGUCCAUUGACUUGUAUAUAUUGAACUGGGGAUUUUCGAUCCCGGUGCACUGUAGCUUAAAAGUAUGAAACUUUGUACAUUUUAGUAUUUGUUAUAAAAAGGUCAAAGUUAGAGGAA